AUGAAAAUGGAGCAUCCAACGAAGUGUGACUGCUCUCGGUGUCGGCCACCUGCAGAAUCCUUUAUCGAGUCUCAUGAUAAAUUGAGAUACCUUGACGACAAGGAAUUGAAACGCGAAUCGUACAACCUACAAAAACAAAAAGAGGAGCGUGUACUUGAGAAAAUCAAAUCGACUUUCGAAAACUCUCUCUUCGUUCCAGAGCACGGAGAGCCUGAGCACGAUAAAGAAGUUAAGGCAGUUCUUGAUGACACAAUCGACCGUUUUAAGAACGGCAAAAAACACUUCACUACUCUUGAGAUUCAAAUCGCUUUCUAUGCAUGGCAACUCAUGGACAAUUGGCUGGAAAAUCCACCCUACUCUCUCUGCCGGCUUGUGCUAGGCACGGUUGUUGAGUUCUCAGACUCCAAAAAGUUUGAGCAGAGGGUUCAGAGCUUGAAAGGAGAUGACACCGCAGACAAAUCGCUUUUGGCACAGCUCAUACCCGAAAUGAAAGAAAGUUAUUCUCAGUGGCUCGCCAAGCUUGAACCUAAUCCAGAUGCAUACCUUGUCUGUUUCAUGUCGAAUACAAUUGCGAAGCUUCUCCGCCUUUCCCAGGAAAUGGCGAUAGACGAGAUCAAUCCACCGGUUGAUAUGUUCGGUGUCCGUCUGCCAGACUGUGAGGUUCGCAAAAUUAUGCAGCAGAGCAAAUGGGAUGAAAAGAGCAAAUAUCCAGCCAUUUUCAACAUGAAGAAUGGUCGCAUAGUGAGACCUCCUUACUGGCCUGUUCUUCUGGCCACAGAUAGCGAAGGUCGUCGAUAUUUUUCCAAUGAAAAACUCGAUAUUCUUCUUCCCGACUGGGAACGGUUACUGAAGAAAGAUCCACAAGCUCUUAAGCACUUCACUUAUUGGUUAAACUUACCACCCAUGAUCAACCAGUGGAUUCAGCGUGAAAAGGAAAAAUUGGAAGGAAUCGGGAUAAAGGCUUGGCCUUCCUUGGACUUCCGUCAAGAUGGCGAAAUGGGAAAUCCGGAGACCCCAUCUGAAGUCUGGACAAAAGUUACCUCAAAAUGGAGGAAGAGCUCUAAAUCUCACAAUGGCAAAAAUAAUGGCAAAACUGCCACUAAGUCAAAAAAAUCCCCACCAUCCAACGCCGGUCCAGCCGCCGGGAAGCCACCUGCCUCGCACAGUCUUGAAGCUUCUCAAGUCUUGGACAAUGAUCUGGAUUCUCGUUCGGAGACUUCAGAUCUUGGUCCAGAUUCUCACGUUUCCGAGAACAGUGAAAGCGACAGUCGCCGAUUAAACGCGUUGGAAUCCGUGAUGGAUACCAUCCGGGACGCAAUCAGCAAGCUAAAUGAAGAACACCACUCCAGGCUCAGUGGGUUUCAGGAGGAUAUCGAAAGACGUCUAAAGCCGCUUGAAAAAAACAUGCACACGAUGAAUCUCCAGGGAAAUGGGGACGAUGAUGAUCUUCAGAGUAAGAGCCUGAAGAGGCCACGCUCCGGCCGUUCCCCUUUUCUGCCCGAGCAAAACGGCGGGCAACGGGAUGACUUCAAUAAAGUACGUCCCCAAUCAAAUGACAUCUAA